CAAGAAUGGGAACUGCAGUCGUCACCGGAAUAUGCUGCACUCGUCUCUCUUUCAACUUCUUCCAACCCCAGAUACGCGCCUAGUUGCGAUACCCUGCAGCCGAGUCUCAGCAGUUAUGACUUUGACUUAUUGACCCACCUCACCUGGGAUCAAGCCGCAGCCAGCACCUUCGACUUUGUCGAUAACGCUUCAAUCACAGCCGCAACCGCAUCAGGGGCAGAACUACACUCCAACUUCUCCUCCCCCGAGCUCGACUUCGACCUCGAUCUCGCACCUUGUCUCGACGCCUUCUCCACGCCUCUCUUCAAUGACAACAACCACAUCAACAACAACAACUUCUUCCCCUUAGCAUCAUCCUCUUUGCCAAACCCCCCUCUGAGCUCAGCCACCACAUCGUUCACCAACACCCCCGCCACCACCGACCUCCAGUCUCCUUCGCCCACGGCGCCCAGCCCGGACGGCGGGUCCCUCCUCAUCCCCGGUCUCAAGUUGCCCAAGACAAAAGGUCCCCCUUCCAAGCCGGGACGUCGGCCGGCAGGAGCCUCGCUCUCGCACACCACCGACGGGCGCGUCACCAAGCGCAGCGGCGGUGGCAGCAGCCAUCAUGGUGCCGCAGCCUCCUCGUCGGCGGCGGCCGUAGCGGCGGCAGCGGCGCUUCAGCAGCAGCAGCAGCAGCAGCAGGAAGCCGCAGCGGGAGAUGACGUCGACCCGGAAGUCGUCGACCGGCGGCAUCGCAACAACCUCGCGGCCAAGCGGUACCGUCAGAAGAAGAUCGACCGGAUCGAGGAGUUGGAGGGUGAGGUGAAGGAGGUGACGCGGGAGAGGGAUGAUUUGAGGAUUCGGCUCGCCCGGCAGGAGGCCGAGGUGGCUGCGUUGAGGGAGAUGUUGAAGAUGCAGAAUGGGAGUGAUAGGUCCAAGGAUUAA